UUAUGCCUGACAGCAGAUCUAUGACCUGCUCUGUCACCCACACACACACACACAUAGACACAUUCUGUGAGUUUCUCCCCUGGCAAUAAUGACUGCAGUUUUGGAUCCCUUCAAGCCGUUCUCUGCAGAGCUGCAUGUCAUCAGACGGCUGAACUCCAGUCUGUACGGGGCUGGUGGUAGAAAUGGACUGGAAGCUGGACGUGCAAACUCUCCUUUUGCUAGAUUUCUACCCCCUGCUGAGCACGUCACCCUGGCUCCUUUACGAGAUGACGUUCCCCUGCUGGAUCCUUGCUGCGGUCAGCUGAGUGCCGGAGCGGAGGUGGACCUGGGGGUCAAAGGUCGACAGAAAUUUAUAGAUUUCCAUCAUGUGGCCUCUGCUCUGUGGGUCCCUCCAGGUUUCAGAGAGAGACCACAAACAGCCCCAAACCCCUCUGGUAUCUGUGAAGACCUGAGCGAAGACAAGGCCUGGAACUCCAGGAGGAUCCCUGAUGCAGUUCUGAGAGCAAGACUCCAUGGUUCAACCCAUCCUGUUAAAGUUCAACCACACUCACUGAAGACCUCAACUAAAGCAACUUCGCACAGCAGCUUCCCUGAUAAACACACUGGACCUCAGGAUGGCUUCCCUUCUGAUCUGAGACAGUGGACAGACAAAUCACCAGCAGUUCAACGCUUCAGAUACACUUCUGCAACCCAGAGGAGUUAUGAGGAAGUUGGUUGGGAUACAAAGUUACCCCAGCGCUUGAAGGCACCAGAAACAACCCUGGAGAAAAUGGUGGACCCAGUGAGUGAGCGGCCCUCGUCGACGCGCUACAGUAGUCGACCUCAGCUGUGGCAGUCUAUUGGGGCUGAGUGGAACAGACAGCAGUUUCGAUCGAGGAAUGAUGCCAAGAAACCCAUAUCAUUCUGCAGUGGAUGUCUGAGGUCAGGUCAAAUCCCUCUGUACACUGGGACGAUCGGCUCUGAGAACAUGGAUAACAUUGACAACAUGGAUGAAGACUUCCACCCACUGACCCUGAAGAGAAGCAUCGUGCCACCGUACGUGCCUACAGCGCGCCGAACCACCAUCCCUGGAUAUACAGGCAAGGCUGUCUAUGCUUACUCUGCUGCUGAUGCUGCAGUCUCUGUGCCAGCUGUCUCCAGCCCUGCACACUCCUCUGGGACAAUCAAAGAAUCAGGGAGUCCUACUUUUGGCCAUGCAGCGCCCCUGUCCCGAAUGGCAACCACCAUGACCCCCUGCAACCCCUUCCUGAGACCUGCGCUUCCUGUCUUACACACAAACACACGAGGAGACAUUAGAAAAAGCAGAUGAGAAAGUUUUGAAGGUGUCAGCUUCCUCUUUAUGCCAUCCAAUCUGUUUAUAUGAAUAUGUCUAUAAUGAUGUGAUGUCAGUGACUGAUUCGCAGUGAGUUGGAGAAUAAUGAGAUGCCCAUUAUCAUAAUUUCCCUGAUUUAGAUGAGUGGUUUUCUAACUCUGGGUAGUGAGCUCUUGCAUUGUCCUCUUGCUUUCUCACUGACUCACUGUGUGUGUGUGUGUGUGUGUGUGUGUGUGUGUGUGUAUUUCAGCCCACACACUCUGUUUUUCUGUCAUGAAGGGCAAAGAAAGGGACCAAACAUAGAAAAUAUUUAGGAAAGUAAGGAUUUUCUGCACUAAUGUUUCAUAUUUAACUGUAUAAAAAACUAUGGCAGGUACAAUAGAUCCAUUAUGACUAACAUAACCCAUGCUAAUUUGCUCAGGAAGUACAUAUUAAAUACAAUCUGCAGUCUACACUGCACACAUAAUUUAGAGGUGUUCGUUUUCUGUAUAUGUGACUGUAAUGCAAAUCAACAUUAUUAUGAAGUGUCUGCCAGCUAUAGCUUUAUGUUUGUGGUUUGUGCAGCUUCACGCUUUGACAGGAAAUAGGGAUGAGCUGGUUUUCCUGUUUCUCUAUCUAUAUCUAUAUUUUGUUUAGAUUUACAUUUCACAAGGAUUUUUUUUUCUUGAACACACAGUUGAUUUUGUAAAGAGUUAAGGUUGUGUGAUCACUAAUGCAUCACAAUUCUAAUCCACAUCUCAAUUACAUUAUCUCCCAUUUAUUGUCAUUAAAGGGGCACUUCAAUGAUUUUAAGUAUUGCACUUCCAUAAAGUCAUUCGGCCCGAAUUAAAUGAUUGGCUGGCCUGCCUGCCUACCUGCGCGCACUCUGCCCGAGCACUCAUUGCGCAUGAAACUGUGUUUUGGGGGAAUGGCUUUGGAGGGAGGCCUGAAGGAAGGGGGUGGGAUUUGUUUAGCUGGAUACUUUCAAAAUGUAGCUGUGUCUCGAUAAAUUCUCCAACGUUACCUACCCUAGCUUUUAAGAGCUGUGUUGGGCAAGUUACUUGAAAAAUGUAAUUAAUUGCUCAUUACAUAUUACUCAUUGAAAAAGUAAUUACAUUACUUUGCUAGUUACUCAAUAGCAAAAGUAAUUUGUCACAUUACUUGUUACUUUACUUUAGUUUACUCACAGCUGCGUAAAAAUGUGACUUUAAACAACUCCAAAAUCCCCUACACCUACACGUCACACAUUCUGUAGUUACCGUGUAGAAAUAGAAAACGAAAACCUACGUUUUAGAGGUCUUAGCUGACCAUCAACAGCUAGCUUAGCCCAAGUGACAGCAUGCAGCAGCACUGCAGUAGUCCUGUCCGUGAGGCCACGGGGUUCACACAUCUCCAACUCUGACCAAACCCAGGUGACUCCCAAAUGUAAUCUAAUGGGUAAUGUUAUCAAGCCAGCUAAGAACACACAUUUAAAUACAACUCUGGAGUUACCAGGAACAUUUCUCCUCUUUUGAAAGACGCUAACUGCCUCCCCACACCUCUAGCCACUUUGCCAAGCUAACAUGUCCCGGACCAGGCUAGUCUCGCCCCUGAAUACAGAGAGCAACCCUCCAUCAAGACAGUGCACAAGUCGACUCCCAAAUUAUCAAAGUAACGGAGCAUUACUGGGUUUAGUACCCGUAAUUUAAUAACUGAAUUUCAAAUUGCAAGCUCUUAUACUACUCUUUACGGGAAAAAGUGAUCACAUUACUGUUACGCGUUGCUAAAUAAUGCGUUACUGUGCAACACUGGUGACAAAUAAACUGAAUGUGUAAAAGAUUUGGAAUUCCCCCUUUAACAGAGUUAUUAAUCAUACCAACAUACACUGUAGAUUUGUUAAGACUGAUCCUUUCCUUUACAUUGUAGUGAAUCCAGUAAAUCUAGAGAGCGCACUCUUCCUUUUGGCUUGAUAUCAGCUAACAGCUCUGUUGGUGAUUGACAUCUUGUAACCAUCAAUUAAUGUGCCAGACAAUCUUGACUUUAAGCCUAAUUUUAGAAAGCCAACAUUCCAUAUUAACCACAUUAUUACGUGAUGGAGGGACCAGACCUAGCUACUAUUAACUAAAGCAUUUUCAAAGUAAUUAGUGACCAUUAUUUCACCUGUUUAGGACGUUCAGAGAUGUUUUAGACACUUAAUAAUAUAGUUCGACAUUUUGGAAGAUACGCUUAUUUGCUUGUUUGCUGAGAAGUAGAUGAGACAAUUGACACCACUCUCGAAUGUGUAUGCUAAAUAUGAAGCUACAGUUAGCUUAGCUUAGCAUUAAGACUGGAAACGGGCAAACAGCAAACCUGGCUCUGUCUAAAGGUAACAAAAUCUGCCUAGCAGCCCCUCUAAAGCAAAAAAAAAUUGCAUUUGUGACGUCCUGUACCCGGAUAGCUGUUUCCCCAUAUAAGAAAGUCUCAUCUAACUCUGAGCAAAAAAGUGAAUGAGUGUAUUUCCCAAAAUAUUGAACUGUCUAAAAAAUGGUAUUGUACCCAAGUUUGUAUGUUUGCUGUUGUUUUUAAAACCAAUAAAACUGCUUAAACCUCU